CACGGCCUCGGUCUCUGCGAUCGCCUGAGAAAACCUUUGUAAACAAUGGCUCCGUUGUUGGUGUGCUGGGAUUUCACUUAUCGACUGCUUUUUCUUCGUCUUUAAAUGAGUAACCAUGGAUUACUCAAAUGUAGACUUAGUCAUCCAGAAGCUGAUUGAAAAGGAAAGAAACUCAGAACUUCACAUAGCUUCUGAUGAUAGUGAAGAAAAAGAUGUACCACCUCCAGCACCUGCAAAAGGAGCUGAUAAUGCUGCACAAUACAAAAUUCCACCAUGUUCAUAUUCAGACCUUAUUCGCAUUAUUCUGAAAAAUACAAAGACGAAAGCACUCCCCAUAUCAGGACUAGCUGUUAUCUUGUGCGAGUUGUUUCCCUACUUCUCUACUGUGAAGACUCUGCCGACUACCAUAUGGCGUGCAGUGUAUACGACGAGGGAUAGAGAUUGGUUUCUGACAAAUGAUACUAGUCGUAGAAUACGAGAUCGGCUUGUGAUACUCAACCCAGCUCAAAACAAGGUUGCAAAGCAGAAGAAGAGCAAGAUAAAUCGACGAAUGAAAGCAUGUUCUUCAUUAUGCAUGAGAAAACCAGAACUAUUAGAUGAGCUGCUUCAAGGUAAUGCAGAGCUUGAUACCUGGUUGGGAAGAGAAACUAAUUGGAAGGAAGACGUGACCUCAGUUCCAGCUGUUGAAUCUUCAGCUAAUGCCAAUGAUGUUAUUGUCUCUGCAUCUAGUAUUGCAAGUUUGGCACCAGAAAUACAUGAAGGACAAGAAACUGUAAAUACCUCUUCAGAGACACUUAUAGAGAUUGAUGAGAACAGACAAGGAGACAUACCACGUAAACAGACUAACAAGUACAGUACAAGCAGUGACCCUCAAACCCACCACACUAAAAAGAAAAGUUCUAGCAGUGUACCUUCAAAAGAAAAAAAGACGUCACCUGGAAAAGGUAAAAUUGUCUCUGCACCUAGUACUGCAAGCUUAGUACCAGAAGUACAUGAAGGACGAGAAACUGUAAAUACCUCUUCAGAUACACUUUUAGAGAUUGAGGAGAACAAGCAAGGAGACAUACCACGUAAACAGGCUAAUACGUACAGUACAAACAGUGGCUCUCAAACCCACCACACUAAAAAGAAAACUUCUAGUAGUGUUCCUUCUAAAGAAAAAAAGACAUCACCUAUAAAAUGUAAGCUUGUGCACUUCCCCAAAUUAAAUACCUAUGUAGUUUUAAACAACACAGUUAAACCAGUUGCUAGUCAGAAAGGUAAAAAUAUGCUUGCCAAACUAGAUCUAAAAGUAUUAAAUACAGAGCUUGGAACGCUCUCUGUUUCAUUUGGACAAGAUGUUAACCAGAAUGGUAAACCAGGUGAAAACCACAUUACAGGUGAUGCUCCAAAUUGUGCUACCAAUACUGACAGUGUUACUAAAGUUCAGAAUUAUUCAGAUGAAUUCAGUGAAAGAUGUCACACUAAGGAGAGUAAUAUAGACGAGAUCAACUCAGACAAUGUUAUCUUUUCUCAGACACAGGAUAGUCAGUUACCAGUGAUUACAGAAGUGGUAUCCAUCGCUGAAAGCAAAAUGGAUGAAGUGUGCUCAAAAGAGGAUAAUAGAGAAAAUGCAAUGAUGAUGGACAUAGAUACAGGAAAGCCACAAGAGAAAAAAAAUGUAAACUUAAAAAGAUGUCAUGACUCUAGCCAAACAAUUGUUAAUUCAAAAAGUAAAUCUCAAGCAGAGGAUCACCCAAAAAGAAGGAAAAAUGUAGUAAAUGAAGUAGAGAAUAAUUUUGAAAGUUUGGGGAAUGAAGUAGAAGUUCAGCUAGUAAAACAAAGGCCUGUUGUUAUGCCAGAACUAUCAGGAUGUAUUAAAAACUGGCAGAAGGUGUUUCCAUGGGUGACAUAUUGUGAAAAGCAGACACUUAUCUGCGAGACUUGUAAAUGGGGAAGCACAGACCCUGGUCAGUUUAAAGUGUUUGUAUUAUCUAAGCCAAGUGAAGUGUAUCAGACAGCUAAAAUAUUGCGUUGCCAUGAUGAAUCUCGGAAGCACAAUGAGAUUGUGAUGAAGAAACUGCAGAUACAAAAAUUGUUUAGGCAUGUUUAUUCAUUGUUGAAAGGUACUAUGAAGGAUGUUUCAGGACUGGAAGGCUUAACAGAAAGGAUUUCAGAUUUAGAAGGAGGUGUAUUUCCAGGGCCUCAAAGGUCUCCUGAAAAAGAAUAUUUAGUUUCAUAUAUGGUGAAGCACAUAGCCACUUGCUUGCAAGAUAGACAACUGAAGGCUCUAGAAAGGUCACCAUAUUUUAGUGUACUUGCUUUUGAAAAGAAUAGUCUAGCUAUAAUCAGAUGGAUUAACCAAAGAGGAGCGUGUGAAGAACAUUUAUUUAGUCUCAAUAGACAUCCACAAGAAAAGGAAUUAAAUGUAAAGCAAUAUUUGGAGUACAAAAAUGUAGAUCUUCAGAAAAUGUCAUUUUAUGCAGACAUCCCCCAUAUGAAGAACCUAGGAGUGCUGGACAAACUUACAUUGCCAGCUCGUUUACCUUCUCUGAAAAAGUGCUUGUCCUGGUUAGAAGGCAAUCAAUUUUUUAAAGAUCUGUUUCAUUAUUUUGACUCAUUUACAAAGUUAUGCAAAGCAUCACAAUUUAAGUUUGCCAACUUUCCUGAAACAGACGAAGUUUUACAACUAGAGAAACCUUACAGUCAUAAUUGCUUAAAAAGUGCAAGUAUUCUUAAUUUUCUUCAUAAAAACAGUUUAAAGCUGAAGGAAAUUGCUUAUACAAUAUAUGAUGAGACAGGUAGUUUAAAAGCUCUAGAAUUUAGCACACUGGAUCUAACACAGAUGUCUGCCUUCAAGAUUGCAGAAGCAAUAUUUCCUAGGUUACAUGCAGUAUUUGCCAAAAAAGAGCACAGUCAGGCUUCCAUUAUGGAAAUUACAACAUUGAGAAAAAAUGUUGCUUCUAUGUUGAAGUGUACAAAAUCUCAGGACUCUGAAGAUGUAACAGUUUUGAGCAUUCUGGAUAUAUUUUUGUCAUAUACACUUUUAAGUUUGCAUUCACAUAAAGAUGAAACUGUAAUUUUCUUUACAAUGAGGUUACAACAGGUUACAACUUUUACAAUGGAAAAAGUAUUUGAGAGAUUUAUGAAGGAAUUUAAAGGAAGAAGCUGUGAAUUGUUGCAAGAUGUUCAUGCUGUAAGAAUAUUGCUAGGGAAACAGAAAAGUUGCACUGUUCUUGAAUUAUUUACAGCAUUUGGGGAAAAGCCAGAUUUGUUUGGUGAUUACCCUAAACUUCAUGAGUUUUACUUGAAAUUGAAAGUGUUGCCAUUCCUAACUGCAAAAGUAGAGCUUAGUAUGUUUGAUGUUGCAUUGGCAUAUGGAACAUUAACUAAUAAGUUUGCAAGAACACUAUUGAUGGCCAUGGCAUAUAUUUCCAUCGAAGGACCUUCACCUAAAGAUAUAGAUGAAGAUUACAUUAUGAGAAAAUGGUCUAGUUACUGGAAAAGGUGUGGCAAAAAAAAAAUAGACUCAAGUGAGUUAUAAAAGUAAACAGGAAUCUCAUUUUUUUGAUCAUGCAUGUAAGAAAAUUAAUACAUUUUAUCUUUUUGUAUUUUCCUUUCUACUAAAAGGUGUUCUGUUCUUUCUUCAUGAAAACUAUUCUAGUGUAAUAGAAUCUGAGACAGUUUGUUUGCAUAUAUUUUAUUAUUUGAUAUGAUUUUCUUUCUUUGAUACUGUUCAAUCUAUUGACUGACAUUAUCAUUUUAGGCAUUAAGAAGACUAAAAGCUGCCAAGUAAGGCUUAAAGGCUUUUCCUUAAAAAAAAAAAAAAAAAAAAAAAAAUGAUAGUGAUUGUUUUAGUGGUCAACUUUAUUUAUGCUGCUGAAUGCGAUCAAGUUUCUGAAAUGUUACUAGAAUAUACUUCAUUAAAGAAAUGGUAGUAAUAUAUCUAGGAAAUAUAGGAUUUUCUAUCAACAACAGCAUUGCCUAUUGACAGAUACAUUGAUAACUUAAAUCAUGGUUGCUGUGUGUAUCACUUGCAUAGUGUUGCUGAAUCAAGCAGUUCCCAGGUAUGGGCAUCUAAAUAUUUUACCCAUGGUUUCCACAUGUGAUGAAAUCUAUGCAGUGUGCUUGCCACUUACCUUCCAAACUUGUAAAGGAAACAUGAUUUGGUAAGAAUGCAUACUAUCAUGGACACUGAUUUUUUAUAAACUGCCAAAGAAUAGUUAUUACGGUAAAAAUAUGUUUAUAUGAAAGCAGUGUAAAGGACAGUGACGAGGACAAAAUUUUUUUUCUGAAAUUCAGUCCAUGUGGAGGCCUUUAAGUGAAUGAUAUAUAUAUGCCUUUAGAUCUAGGCAAUUUCUUGUUAGGUUCUAACCAUUCAGUUUCACUACUAAAAUAAUCUGCAAACUGCUUUAGGUCUGUAAUUAAUUGUGGUUAAAACU